AUGGCUGAGCCUAUGUUCCCGGUUAUUGACUACUCCCGGAUCGUUUCAAAUGAUGCUGCCAUCGCUUCUGACGAGAAAGAAAAGCUCUUCCACUCCUUCCAGGAUGUCGGUUUCAUAUAUCUCAAGGGCUACACUUUCCUCGACGUGUUCAUGAAAACCAUGUUCUCGCACAUCCAUAAGCUUUUCGACCUGUCAGUGGAACAGAAACUCCACAUUGAAGGUGGUGAGAAAUCAGCAUUCCGAGGGUGGUUCGCGCCGGUCCGCACACCUCGCUAUCCCGAGUCUGCAGACCAGAAAGAGGCCUUUGGACUUGGUAACGAUGCUGACCCCACGCGUCCCAACCGCUGGCCGAAGGAUUGGCCUAAAUUCCAUCAAGACUGCUCGCGCUUCUUAGAGGAGUGCUUCGAGAUGCAUCUGCAGAUUUUGCGCGCGCUGACAGAGAAGAUUGAACUGCCUCGCGAGACACUUAUUCCUUCAGUCCAGGCAAAGGAUUCAUACACAGCUCUGCUUUACUACCCAGAGACGACGGUGGAGAGUUUGGAGCAAAGGGUGCGGUCGGCCCCUCACACCGACUUCGGCACCCUGACACUGCUCUUUAAUGAUUUAAUCGGUGGGUUGGGGGUCCGUAACAAGCAGGGAAAAUGGGUCGCUGCACCUCCUAUCCAGGGCCAUGCAAUUGUGAAUGUGGCGGACCUUCUCUCUCGCUGGGAUGUCGCACCUGCUAUCGAGACUCGUCGGCUUACAGAUGGAUCGGUGACAGAUGUUGUGCCUGCUCGAUACGCAAUUGCGUGGUUUGGCCAUCCAAAUCGUGAUGCCGUCAUCAAACCACUUGAGCAGUGCAUCACAGUCGACUAUCCGCAGCAGUGUAAAUCUGUUGUCGCUGGCAAGCACGUGAAGGAGCGCAUGGCCAGACUUUUGGAUGACGGAAAGCUGCCGGAGAAAUGGUCGGAUGACAUGCACCGGAAAGGAAUACCAGCGGCUUGA